AAUUCAGCCAACAACCCUACCUUGUUCCCCACUUCCCUCUUUUCACUUAGCAGUGGAAGCCGGCACCCAGCCUUGUCCACUUUCUUCUCUUUGCAGUGGAAGCCAGUAUGUCAUCAUCUUCACCGUCGCUUCUCUUUGCUACCUUCUACACAGAGAGCAAUCCCACGCCUUCACCUGCUACGCCCGCAACUGUUGCCACUUCUAUUUGCAUUUCUGCUCCGAGUCCGAAAUUCCGAGGCGCAGUAACAGCGAACCUGACUUCCGAAAUCCAAGAUGGCCCCGACUCUGCGACCAAGGAAGAGGGAGAGAGAAUCCGCCGAUGGCGACAACACCGAUCGCCGCAGUAAAGUCAGAGUUGUUGGCGGCGCAACCGCUACGUCAUUAGCUAAUGCUAAUUCCAAUGCCAAUGCUGACGUUGAUGGCCACGACAUUGGCUCAGCGCUCGUUACCCGCAACAGCGACAUGUCACCAAUGUCGGCACUUCUUGGCCUCCCCAUCACAAUGCCGUCAACCACACUCACCGGGCUACCAAUUGAUAUCUUUGCCCAGAUCAUUGGCCACUUGGGAGGCAAAAAAUUCUUCCGAGAAGACAUCACCCGCCUCAUGGUCUCGAAGCGGUGGUUUGAACAGGCUUAGGAGGUUAUGUUUAGACACACGCAAUUGACGACUAAGUUGGCAAUGAACCUUGCGAAAAACAAGUGCGCCCUUGCGAACAUGUUCCGGGGAAACGUCAAAUCCGUCGAGCUCUACCUCGACAAGCGACGGAGCUUUGGCGGCCUGAUGUACCCGAAGGACCGAACAAAGUUUCAUUCGUCUUUAGCCGCUCUCACCAAGACUCUGUCCCAGUUGCGCCAGCUGCAAAAUCUAAGCAUUCGAGACAUAGGAGUACAUUCCUACAAUUCCUAUUCGGCGUUCCUCAAUAUACGGAACCAAGAUGUCAUGUCGCGGUGGGCGACCGGGG